CAAACAGGCAGCGUAGCCUGACAGUACUACGCUAGUCCCGCCUCUGUGAGUAAGUUGUAGCCUGACUGACAGCGCAGCCAACCAAUGGAAUGCAUCGAAUGUCAAUCACAGACCGGCGGAGAUUUGACAAGCAUGUUAGUUUGAGCGGGUUGCCACAACAGUCAAUGAAAAUUCGACUGGCCACACUGAACCUUCGCCCGCAGUAGAUGCCGAAUGGCAGAUACUCCCUGCUCUUCCCUGGGAGGGUGAUUUGAAUGAGCUGGAUGUAAAUGACGGUGCGCCACCGCACUGGAAGUCUAGAUUUGUGUCGAGAUUCACAGGCGCGCUCUAACGUUAACUGGAAACGCUGUUCUUGGGGAGCAGAAACAGAAGAUAGCUGCACUAAACUACACCAGUGUUCAGAGUCCCACAGAGUUGUCGUGUAUUACCGCAUCCUGGUCUGAGAAAGAGAAAGACAGCAGUCGUGUGAGAGCGAGCAGCUGCCAUGACAGGGGUGGGGGCAGAGGAUGACAUCCCUCUCUGUGAGAGGAAAACUGUCACUGACUUCUGCUAUCUCCUGGACAAGUCCAAACAGCUUUUCAAUGGCUUGAGGGAUCUGCCUCAAUAUGGACACAAGCAGUGGCAGUCCUAUUUUGGUCGAACAUUUGAUGUAUACACCAAGCUGUGGAAGUUUCAGCAGCAGCACAGACAAGUCCUGGACAACCGGUAUGGUCUCAAGAGGUGGCAGAUAGGUGAAGUGGCCUCAAAAAUUGGCCAGCUGUACUACCAUUACUACCUCCGCACUUCAGAAACAAGCUACCUUAAUGAAGCCUUUUCCUUUUAUUCGGCCAUUCGCCAACGAUCAUAUUACCACCAAGUCAACAAAGAAGACAGGCCAGAGCUGGUUGUAAAAAAGCUGAGGUAUUAUGCUCGCUUUAUCGUUGUUUGUCUGUUGCUCAACAAGAUGGACCUGGUUAAAGUGAUGGUCAAGGAGCUGUCUGAAGAGAUUGAGGACUACACCCAACGCUUCAACACAGAGGACCAGUUAGAGUGGAACCUGGUGCUGCAGGAAGUAGCUGCUUUUGUGGAGGCGGAUCCUCUUAUGAUCCUAAAUGAUGACAAUGUCGUGGUGGUCAUAUCCAAUCGAUUGCAGGAGGGAGGCGUGCCCCCUCUUGAACAGGGCAUGGUGGUUGGCCAGCUCACCUUGGCAGAUGCGCUCAUCGUUGGCAACUGUAACAAUCAGGUGAAGUUUAGCGAGCUGACCAUCGAUAUGUUUCGUAUGCUGCAAGCGCUUGAGAGGGAACCAGUGAACCUGGCUACACAAAGCUCCAAGCCAGGGACACUUGUAAGAGAAGACUCUUACACUCUCCCUGUCACUCUCUAUGAGCCCAAUGAAAAGCCGGCCAAGAGAGAGAACCCUCAUAAAUAUCUCCUCUACAAACCAACCUUCAGCCAGCUCUACGCUUUCCUGUCUGCCUCCUUCAAGGAACUGCCAGCCAAUAGUGUCCUGCUGGUGUAUCUCUCUGCCACUGGAGUGUUUCCUGCUGGACGCUCAGAGUGUGAAGGACCUUAUGAUUUUGGAGGUGUCCUGACCAAUACUAACCGAGAUGUGGUAAACGGUGAGAUGGUGCAGAAGAGAAACCAGGCACAAAAGGAGAUGCACUGUCUCCACCCAGGAGACCUUUUCCCCUUCACCAGGAAACCUCUGUUUAUCAUUGUUGACUCAUCCAACAGCACAGCUUAUAAGAAUUUCUCCAAUCUGUUUGGCCAGCCACUUGUUUGCCUGCUUUCUCCAACAGUGUAUCCGAAGAGCAUGCAAGACCAGUGUCAGCGUGGGAGUCUAUUUACUCUUUUCCUUUACAACCCCCUCAUGGGCUUUCUGUCUGUGUGUGGACUGAGCAGCAUGCGCUAUGGAUUGUGGGAAAAGGCCCAAGAACUCCUACGGAAGGUUUUCCAUGACAUUGGCCAGAUGAUCACGAGUUCCCGAGUUAUAGAUCAGGCCUAUCUGCAAUUUUAUGGCGAUGAAUUUCUGCGUCUGCUCAUGAUCCGUUUUGUGUUCUGCUGCACCACACUCCGAUUACACAAGCAUUUCCAGGAAGCGGGGAGUUUUCCAGAAUCAUACCCGCCCCUGCCCAAACAGGAGAUGGUGGAGAGCAGCCUUCUACAGAAACAUGUGCUGGAGCUGGCGGCCAUGUUGGAUGUGCAAAACCUCUUCUCUGAUGGCAUGUUGGAUAACUAUUGACCACAUAAUGGCACCAUGCCAACCUGCAGACACACGCACACACGCUCAUGCCCAUACACACACAAACACAAGUUUUAUGUAGGAUCUUCUGAAUAAGCUAGUUGUUUAACCUAAUCUCAUUAGAUCUAGAUACGGUAGUUUAAUAACUAUUCAAGACAAAAUAUCUCAUCUUUGUGGGCAGAUAUUUCAAAUUUGUCGAGUUCACAUGUAUUUUUAGAUUUUAAGGAGCUACACACACCCAGAUGCGAAAGAGUUGCUCCCAACAUACAGAAAAGUUUACUACAUGCAUGUAUCAUGUGAGUGUAUGAGCGCAGGCACAUGGGCGUUCAGACCUGUUGAGGGCAGCUAUCACCGUUUCUGAAGGUGAUAAGAGAGCACAAGAAGAAAGGAGACUUGGAAACAUUUUUUAUGUGAAUCUGUGUAAUUCCAGGGAGAUUCUUCCAAAAAGAUGAGCCUACUGCUUUGGCAAAACACAUUUUGGAGAAGGAUGUUUUCCUUCUCAAAACUUUGCCUCUGCAACGUUUACACAAAAUUUUUCCAUAGGGAGCGUGUUGCAUGUUUGCAUUUCUUUGCUCCAUCUUGGCAUUUCUGUUUGUUUUUCUAUCUUAUUGUUCGUUUUUCUAUCUUGACACAAAUUCCACAGACUUUUGCCUGGUCUUUUGAAGGAGGCCCUCCACGCUGUGCCUCUUUUUGGUUAUUUCGGUCAUCAGGUAAUUAAUUAAUGCUAUGUGGACACCAGAAUCUCCAUUUUUAUUGAGCGUUGAUUCUUUUUAGCAUGCCUUGGUAGUGUGGUAAACCCAUACUUGGAUAUCUGAUGUAAUAACCUAAAGUCUUAUUCCAUGUGUGCAGUGGACACCAAUAGCCAACAGAGUUCUCUUUUAUAGUGUCACAGAGACAUACAGGCGUCCUCCUGUAUAGAAAUUACAAAUUUGUGUAUGUAUCUAUAUAUAAAUAUAUGUAUAGUUCUAUAAGAAGUCAA